UGGAUCGAUGUCUACUGAGGUCAUGAUCGGUGUUUAUUUUGAGAUUCUUCGUUACUUUUUAUAAUUUAACAGAGUAGCUCUGUCUUACAGAUAUGUCGUCUGGGGACAACAAUUCACAACAUAAAGAGAGUUUAAUGCAUGAAAUCAAUGCAUUGUUUGCUCCACCAACAAAUGAAUCAUACGGUAAAAAAGGUUCACUCGGUAUUCCUUCUUUUCGUCGUGCAAGAAAAAAUAACGAAUCAACGACAAACAGUUCGGAAACAAAUAAUUCCAAUUUAGAGCACUACCAACUACCAAAUACAUCAAAAAAUGAUCCAUUUUGGAGGAAACCUCGUGCUAAUUGUCAUGAAUAUUGUGAUAGUUGUGGUUGUAUUGAAGGCGAAAGACUUGUCUGCGAUCGAUGUCCAGCCAGCUUUCACCUUGAAUGUCUUGAUCCACCACUAGAUCCGGAUGAAGCACCUGUUGGUGUCUGGUUUUGUCAUCGAUGUUCAAUGGUAUUGAAAGAUGAAGAAGAUAAAACUUCAACAUCAAGUAGUCAGACAACUAUAGCUACAGAUACAGGUUCUUCACGUUCUGGUAAAAGUGGACAAAAACGCCAAGAUCAUGCAUCAUCAUCAUCAUCAGUUGGAACUACAACAACAGCGGCAGCAGUUGGACCAUCAACUUCCACUUCUACAUCUUCCAACAAUAGUAACAAUAGUAAUAGUCAUUCUCACCAACAAAAUCCAUUACAACAAUUUAUCCAGUCACAAACUAGCAAACGUCAUUAUACAUUCCGUUCGACAUUUAACGAACAAUAUUGUUUAGAUAUGAAUAAAUUAUCGAGUAGUCGUUCUAGUACUUGGGGUGAUUCAGCGUAUGUUGCUGAUAUUGAAGAAUCUGAGCUAAGAGCAUUAUGGAAAGUAAUUGAAUAUGCGAAAUAUCAAAAUCCAAAAGAAUAUGAUCUACCGAAAGACUUAUUACCUGGUGUUAAGCUUCCUGGUUCAUAUAAAACACCAACAGAACGGAAAAAUAAAAGUAUCAUCGAAUUAGAGAAUGGUCUUAUUCCACAACCUGUAAGACGUUGUUAUGUAUGUGUUCGAACAUGUUUCUAUGCUCCUUUGUUACCAUGUGAUUAUUGUUCAUCAUGCUUUCAUUUAGAAUGUUUAAAUCCACCAUUAUCUCAUUUUCCACCACGUUCUGAUCGAUGGAUGUGUCCAAAUCAUACAGAACAUACAACUGAACGUUAUUUAACUCGUUCAAUACGAUUAACUGAACGUAUGCGAAUUUGGACUAAAUUAUAUUCAUCAUUAAAUAAUGAAAAUAAUCAUUAUGAACAAUCUAUUGAUAAAACUGAUGAAAUGACAAAAAUACUUGAACAUAUACCUCCAUAUGAAUUAACUUAUACACCAGAUGAAGAAAGUUCUAUACUUUCUGAUUUAAUGCGUACUAUUCAACGUAGUAGAAAUGAACAACAACAACAACAACAGCAUCAGUUAUUGUCAUCGAAUUUAUCCAAUACAGCAAUGUCAAGUAUUUUCGAUUCUAUACUAUAUACUACUAAUAAUACUACUACUAUUGAAGAUAAACAACAUAUAUUGUCCAAUCGUCAUAUAUGGCGUUUAAAUCGUGAAUUAGCAGCAAAGUCUAGAAAUAACCAAAAUUAUUAUGGUAAACAGAUAAGAAUUGUGGUACCAAAAGCAGUUAAACAUUUAUACAAUAAUCCAGUAAAACGUAUCCCACGUAUUAAUGAAUCAUCAAAUGUAUAUCAAUUAACAAAUUUACUUGAUAGUUCCAGUACAGAUGAAAAGAGUAUAUUUGUUCGUGGCCUUUUACAAUUUUAUUUACAAAAUACAUUACAAUUACCUACACAAUCGUCAAAUCUAAUACAAUCAGAUAGUAGUAGUAAUAGUACAAUGAUUACUGAUACUAGUGAUACUAUUGUCACUACUAAUGCAACACAACUGUCAAUAUCAUCAUCAUUAUCAUUUGAAACAACUCCUAUCACUGUAACAACAACAGCUAUUGACAGCCAAAUCAAUGAUAAUAAUAUAUCUAGUUCCUUCGUAAUAGAUAACAAGACAACUGAUACAUUGAAGCUAACUACAGAUUCCAUUGAUAUGAACACUGGCAAUAAUUCAUCGAUAUUACCAUACAAUACAGAACAGAUAUCUAAAGAUCCUUCAUUUAUUCAAGAUGACAACGAACAUUUGUGUAACUCAUUCGAACAAUUGAAUACAGCAAUUAUGAAGAAAUUCAAUAAUAUUACUGAUAAUAAUAGUAUUCCUUCUAAAUUGGCUCGUUUAGACCCUCAAUUAUUGUAUACUUUAGCAGCACAACGUAUUUAUGAUCUCUUGGGUAUUGACAAUGAAAAUUCUAUUUUUCCUAAUGAAGACAAUAUUAAACAGAAUAGUUGUAAAACAAAGAAAGACACUUCUAAAACAUUGAAUAUUCCUGAAAGUUGUAUCCGUGCAAGAGCUGUACUAACACCUUGUGAUGGGACUAAUGGAUAUGAAACUCGAAUGCAUUAUAGGCAAUUGACUGUUGGUACAUCACCAGAUUGUCAUUUAUGUUUAGCUAAUUAUAAUUUAUCUUCAUUAAAUAAUCAAAAAUGUUCAUUUAUAUCACCACAUCAUGCUACAAUCUUCUAUGAUGAUUGGACACAACAUUAUGAAUUAAUUAAUUAUAGUGAAUAUGGUACACGUGUAGAUGGUAUUAUAUAUGGGAAUGAUAUAGAUAGAAAAUUAAUUUAUAUUCCAGAAUCUUCCGAUCUUGUUCAUCGAGUUCGUAAUCUCAUAAAAACUGCUCCUAAAGAAUUAUCACCAAAUUAUCAAACAUCAUCGGUUAUUUCGGAACUCUGUGCUUCACCGCCUAAACGUCUAAUGAAAAUGUUAAGUAAACGACAUGAAGAUUUAUCACAUAUGACAUCUAUAUGUGAUUGUACAAGUUUACAUUUUACUCGAAAUGAUAAAUUUCUAGUAGAUAAAAUAGAUUCAUCACUCAAUUUAAUCACUGGUUGGGAAGGUUCUGCUAUUUUAAGACAUGGUUCAGUUAUACAAUUUGGUUGUUAUAAAUUUAUAUUUAGUUUAGUCAAUCAUGCUUUACCUUCCUAUCCAUCAUUAUCAUCAACAUCAACUUCAACAUGGAUGACAAUGAAUCAUAGUUCAACACAAUCUUCUUCUUCGCAUGAAUCACCAGUACUACUUACAGAUUCUUUAUCAGUAGUAACAAAAGAUUUUUUAAAAUUAUCUAAAAAUAACAAUUUACUUGUGCAUUAAUUUUGUUUUAUUCCUUUAUUAAAAUCAAUAAAAAAACAAAAAAAGAAAGAAAGAGAAGAAUAAAGUGAGAAAACGAUAUAAACAGCAUUAUCAUCCCUAUGAAUUUCUACUACUUAUAAACUACUUAUAUAAAGAUAUAUAAUUUUGUAUAUUUGUGUUAUAUGAAAUUUACGAUUACAAUUAUUAUUACUAUUAUCGCAUUUUAACUACAUAAAAUCUCUUUUAUCAUUCAUUGUCUUGACCUGAAAUGAAAAAAGGAUCAUUGUAUGGUUAGUCAGUUCGUUAGUUACAACGUAGUACCAGGCAUAUACAUGCAACGGUCCAAGUUGACAUACCGCAUUAGCACAGCAAGAUGAAAACUGAAUUCAUAGGAGUGGUUAAGUCAAUGGUAGUAAAAUAUAAAAGAAAGAAAGCAUAUAAGGAUACAAUACAGGAAGAAAGUAUAAGUUCGUUGGAAGAAAGAUAUAAAGCGAUUUGAAUCUCUUAGUUUAAAAGACAAAGAGUGCAUACAACUACGCCAUUGUCGUCCGUUCUCAACUAUGUGAAAAAGAUCCUACAAAUAUUGGUUAAAAAAGUCACGGGGAACCCAAAUAAGUAGUCACCACCUACCAACGUGGCUCAGAAUAGAAGUUAAUGUAUUCAAGCACAGCACACAUAUAAAAAAAUUUUAGCUCUUGUAGAUGUGAAUAUGAAAUGCGUAGUUGUGAGGUGUGUUAAUGUUGUCGACCACAAAUCGUGCAUCAGAAAAGCAGAAAUAGUUGGAAGUCCCUUGCACAAGGUCGGACAGGGCAUGUGAUGCCCACUCUCCUGAGGCAUGAAACAUCCGCUACUUUCGGAUGGCCUUUU